AUGAAGAGGAAGAGUCAUCGCUGUCAUGGUCGCAGUUAAAGAGGGUGGUCAGAGUCAGAACUCUCCCUUAAGCAACCUUCCAAAUUUAUUGACAUUUCUGUUUCCCAAGAUCCACCCACCACUCUCCUCUCUCUCUCUCUCUCUUCUUCCCUCAUAUCUGCGCAAGAAUCUAAAAACCAAAUCUCAUCCUCUCUACUAAUGUCUCAUGACUACUACUUCAAUCUGUUGACUCUGUGUCUGUGAGAAUCUUUUUAAAAACUCCUACCUAAUCUCCAAUGGGUAAGAAGAGUAGUUCUUCUUCUUCUUCCUGGCUCACCGCCGUUAAACGAGCUUUCCGAUCUCCGACCAAGAAAGAACACAACAGCACCAAUGCUCACGGUAAUGAAGUCGAGGAAGAUGAGGACAAGAAGAAAGAGAAGAGACGGUGGUUAUUUAGAAAACCGACGAAUCACGAUUCUCCGACGAAGAUCUCCGGGGUCGGAAAAGACGCUCCGGCACAGAAAUCCGUAGAAUCGGCGACGGUCAACACAACCGCUUUAAAUUCUGUUACAGAACAGAGUCACGUCGCCUUAUCUACACCACCCACAACCGUCUCCGCCGUAUCGGAAACUCAUCCUCCGACGAAGAAGAAUGAGUUGCCAAAUCUUACGAGACGCACUUAUACCGCAAGAGAAGAUUACGCAGCUGUUGUGAUCCAAACUGGCUUCAGAGGCUAUCUGGCAAGAAGAGCAUUAAGAGCAUUGAAAGGGCUUGUGAAGUUACAAGCACUAGUGAGAGGUCACAAUGUGAGGAAGCAAGCAAAGAUGACUUUAAGGUGUAUGCAAGCUCUGGUUCGAGUUCAGUCUCGUGUGCUUGACCAACGUAAACGUUUGUCUCACGACGGGAGUCGCAAAUCUGCCUUCAGCGACACUCAUAGUGUCCUCGAAUCUCGUUACCUUCAGGACAUUUCAGAUCGAAGAUCCAUGUCAAGAGAAGGAAGCAGCAUUGCUGAAGAUUGGGAUGAUAGACCACACACGAUUGAGGAAGUGAAAGCAAUGUUGCAACAAAGACGAGACACUGCGUUGAGACGAGAGAGUAACAAUAGUUUAUCACAAGCUUUCUCUCACCAGGUCCGGAGAACGAGAGGUAGUUAUUCUACGGGAGACGAGGAAGAAGAAGAGAGACCGAGAUGGUUAGACCGAUGGAUGGCUUCAAAACCGUGGGACAAAAGAACUUCAACGGAUCAAAGAGCACCGGUUUACAAAACCGUGGAAAUCGAUACUUCUCAACCGUAUUUAACCCGCGGUAACUCGAGAACCGGUGCAAGUCCAAGCCGUAGUAACCAAAGGCCUAGUUCACCAUCAAGAACAAGCCAUCAUUACCAACAACAACACAAUUUCUCAUCAGCUACACCAUCUCCGGCUAAAUCUAGACCGAUACAAAUCCGAUCCGCUAGUCCCCGGAUCCAAAGAGAUGACCGGUCGGCUUACAACUACACAUCAAACACACCUAGUUUGAGAUCAAACUACAGUUUCACCGCAAGAAGUGGUUAUAGCGUUUGUACCGCUACAACCACCAAUACUACGAAUGCUGCAUUGCCGAAUUACAUGGCGAUUACGGAAUCCGCAAAGGCUAGAAUCCGGUCUCAGAGUGCCCCGAGACAACGGCCUUCGACACCUGAGAAAGACCGUUUCGGGUCAGCUAGAAAACGGCUUUCGUUUCCGGUUCCACCGCUGCCGCAUCAAAUAGACGGUCAGAGUUUAAGGAGUCCAAGUUUCAAGAGUAUCGGAGGUUCACAACUAGGAGCAUUGGAGCAACAAUCAAAUUACUCUUCUUGUUGUACCGAGUCUCUUGGUGGUGGUGGAGAGAUCUCACCUGCUUCUACUAGUGACUAUAGGCGAUGGUUAAGAUGAUAAUUCCAAAAUCCAUAUUAACCGGUCAUGAAUUUCUCCUCCUUUUUUUUUGUUAUAUAUAGAUAAAUAAAAAUAUUUUUGACAAAAAGAACAAUGACUUUUUUUAGUUUUUAACUUUUGAUUGAUGAGCUUUGAGAUUGGUGUAUUUUUUUGCUUAUUAUGUUGUGUGUGUGUGUGUUUAUAAAUGAAAAUUGUAGUCUUUACUGAUU